UUGUGACAAUCAAUGUAAAAUUUAUUAGGGGUUUCCCCCUAAAUAUUACUCCGUACUAAAUUAGAGUCAAUCUAAAAAAGUGACUACUUUUAAAUAUGAACAAAAACGUGACCAACAAGAUCAUAUAUUUGGAGAUCAUGAUGCAACUAUAAAUUUUUAUGUCACUGCAAUUUUUUCGUGUCACUAUGACACGUUACUGUUCUGAGACGAACACAGUGACAUCCAUCACCACCUCCCACAUGUGUCUGCCGUCGGCCGUACACCGCCGUCAGACACAGUGACAUGACCCCGGUGACACGUCACAGUGACGCCGCCAUCGCCCAGUAACAUCGAUUGACGAACUUUACUCUGGCCAUCGCAACCGCAUCCAUCUCCUCCCCAACCCCCAACUCCCCUCCUAAGCACAUCCCCUUCACGAUUGCUACUCAGCUUUCAAACCCCACCCGUAGCACCCGAGCCGUCAAAUCCAUCCACCAUACCUCUCCGCCCAUCAACAUCGCCGCCGCCGGUCAACACCACCAGCGACUAGUCUAGCCGUCGCCCAAUAUGCCUUACGAAGCCACCACCGUCAGUCAACACCACUAGCAUUCAGCCCCAACCCCCAAUCGUCACUCCCAACCCUGACCUAGCCUGAAUCUCCAGCUCACCACCAUCCAACCAAUAACCAACAACCUUAGGCCCCCAGCCCCAACCAUAAUUUCAGCCGCUAGAAAUCGCCUACACAGAAGCAUGACCACAACUAUGGAGCCAAGACUUUGCACCUUUCACCUCAAAUCGAAAAAAAAAAACGAAUAAGUAGUAGAAUAGAAGUUGACGGCGACCUAGAGGCAGAUGCGGUGGAGUAGGACGAGGACGAGGGCGUCGGCGAUGCGACAACUUUGUUACUGGCGCGAGAGCAUGGGCCAUGGUGACGAGAACGGCGAUGGUGAAUGAAAAUUGCGAUUGUGACAACAGCAAGAACGACGAUGGUGACAACAACGGUCAGCCACGUAUGUGUCUGCUCCAUCGGUACGAAUGUGAAGCAGGAAAUGGAUCUCAGUCUUUGUUCGCACAUGAAGGUCUCACACAGGGAUGUCGGGGAUCAAGAGGGACAUGAAGGUCAUUUCAUAUUAAUUCAAUCACUUUUUGUCAAAAUGGAUUAUGGUCAUAUUUUUGUUUACAAUAAGUAUGAGACUAAUAUCUUUACCAUUGUUUCAAUUUAAAAUCACUAAAUACUCCCUCCGUCCCUAUAUAAAAGGCAUAGUUUGAACGACACACAUCUUUAAGCGAAAUACUGUUUGACAUUGUUUGGACACUGUUUGACAUUGUUUUACAUUGUUUUGUUUGACAAAAAGGGAAAAAAGUCUUUUACAUAGGGACACCAUCUAGGGAGGGAAGGAGUCUAAAAAAGUUACUCCUUACAUUUUUAUUUACCAUCUUUAUAAAAUGUUUCAUUUAUUUUGGACUUAAAUGAACUAUGGUUUAUCCAAAACAUCACUUACGGUUGUGCGUAAUCUUCCACACCAAACAACACAAGAAAACGGAGAUCGGACGCCAUUCUCAGACACUCAGUCCGAUCUGCUCCCCCGUCCCUCCCAAUCCACCCCUAGCACCGUCCUGUCCGUCCAGAAAGCAACUGGCAGUACUGAGGACCGUUGGAAGCGCAUUUUUCGGUGUUGACCGUUGGAUUCAAGCUCUGUUCGCUUAAGGAGAAAAUCAAAUGGAAAAAGAAGCCAAAAAAGAAGCUUUUAGAAAGUAUCUAGAGACAAGCGGAGUUCUUGAUAGUUUGACAAAAGUUCUUGUCGCACUGUAUGAGCAAAAUGACAAACCUUCUUCUGCAAUUGAUUUCAUCCAGCAAAAAAUGGGUGGGCCAACAGUAUCAGAGUAUGAGAAUAUACAAGCUCAACUCUCAGAUUUGCAAAUCAAGUAUGAUGAACUUCUAAUACUACACCAGGAAAAAUGCAGAGAGUUAGAACUGAAAAAUACUCAAGUUGAAGAACCUGCCAAGGCAAACACCAAUGACGACCGCCAUGAGGAAAUGUCUACCCCUAAAGAGGUGGCUUCAAGUUUAGAAACAUUUUAUAGUAAAGAGUUGUGAAGUGCAUAGAGUGGGUUUUUGAGUCUUGAAGAUAUGGGCUUCUCAGUUAUGUAUUCACAUUGUACUUGAGGCCUUCAUUUUUACGCAUCCUGCAAUUACCAUUAGCGUGAAAUAUAUGCUGGUGUUUGGCUUGUGACUGUAUUUGCCAAAUACCUCAUACAAAUUAAUCAAAUUACAUAAAUAUGUGUUUUGGUGGUAAUUCCCUCGCAUAAUAUUUGUUGGACAUAUGGUGAGACCAAAGAGACAAUGGCCUUACUUAGGUCCAACUUCUUAAGGAGUUAAAAGAAAUCGUUAAGGUUAUUUUCACUUAUGAG